AUGACAACUCCUGAGUAUCAUGAAUGGUGGAUUAGGAGGAUUAACGAUAAUACACAUAAGUUAAAUCAGGAAAACAACCAGUCAAUAGAGGAAUCUUUGCGAGUCGUCCCUUCUGAGUUGGAAAUUAUAAGACAGGAUUUUGAAAGAAGAAAUGCGGAUUUAGAAAAGAAGAUAGAACAGAUGGAGGAGGAAAAGAUGAACUUGAGAUUAGACAUAGAUGUUCAGAAGCUCGAAACUGAUAAAUUAAGGAAAAAGAAAAACAAGGCUGAGGAGAAGUUGGGUAGUCUGAAGACGAAUUAUAAAAAGUUGCGUCUGUCAAUGAGAGCUGCCGGGCUGGGAAAAACUUCAGAACAAUGGUGGGAAGAAAUUCGAGAAGAAAAGGACAAAGCCGAUAGAUGGGAACGAAAAUUCCAAGAGAUACAAAUGCGAAACGAGGUUUUAGAAAGGAGUUUAUCAGAUAGCCAAAGAGAAAAAUGUGAAUUAAAGGAUAGGAUCAAAUACUUGAAAGCAAAUGAAAGUCGUAAUAAUGAACAGCUCCACUACUUUCAGAGUCAAGUUAGGAGCAGAGAUCAUCUUAUGGAGGAAGCUGUGGUCAAGAUUCGAGGAGUAGCUGAUCACAUACAGACUUUAGCAGUACAGACUGAGAAAAGCUCUGUGCUUAAUGUUGAAGAAGGAGACAGUGAGGGACUUGUCUAUCCUCCAGGCUUUACCCUUCAGCAAGUUGAGGUAUAUCCGUACAAAUCCUCUGUCACCAUUAAGCCUCAGCAAUUUCAGGCCGGCAUGGCAACGCCAAUGAAUUUUCAGGCUGGAUCAGGCUCUAACCCCAGAGACAACCUUGUUAAUCCUGCUGUCCCUGAUUUCGAUGAAACAACUGAAAAGGAGAAAAUGAAUGAUGAAUUGCCAAAACAGCUAGAGAAAAAGUACAAGUGGCUGGAAGAGAAAUUUAGAGCGAUAGAAUGUGCCGAGAACUAA